GGCCGGGGAAGAGGGAAAAGCAGGAAUAUAUAGAGAUAUAUAUUGCAUAUAUUUAUAUCUGACCGGCCCCCCUUCCCUUUCCCCUUCCCUCUGCCCAACUGUCCCCCCCAUCUGCCCAGCGCAGCCCGCGGGGUCCCCAUCGGCUGUGUCCUGGGGACCCGGGGGCGGCGGCGGGUCCCGUCAGUCUCCCGGGCCCGGCAGAGCUGGCUAAGCCGCUCGGGCUUCUUUGUCUGUGGGCGGCGGCCGCCCCGGCCCCGGCCCCGGCCCCCGGGCUCCCGGCCGGGCGGUGCGAUGCAUCUCUGAUCCGUAGCCGCCGGGUACCCGGGGCGAAGGCGGCUCGGGCUGGGGCUCCGGAUGUGCUAGGUGUGGGCUGUCAACCAUCCACUCUGACCAGUGAACAUGGAUCCUGGAGCUGGGCCAGAGUCAUCUCUCACUGUCAAUGAGCAGGUCAUCGUCAUGUCAGGCCAUGAGACCAUCCGAGUGCUGGAAGUUGGUGUGGAUGCACAGAUGCCUACUGAUGAGGAGAGCCGAGGUCUGGAGGGUGCUGUGGCCCCUGGCUCUCAGAGUGGGUGCCCCUCUGGAGCUGGGGAAACUGCUGGUGAUGCUGUGCCUGACAACCCAGACUCCUCCACAGAGGCAACUGUGAAGUCACUCCCGGGAAUCCUUCCAGGCCCUGCUCCCACCAUCGCCACCUUCAGCCAAGCCCCAAGCCAGCCUCAAGUAUCUCAGACUAUGACGCCACUGGCUGUGCAAGCUGCCCCCCAGGUCUUGACUCAGGAAAACUUAGCAACAGUUCUGACAGGAGUUAUGGUUCCAGCAGGGGCAGUUACUCAACCUCUUCUUAUCCCCAUCAGUAUUGCAGGUCAAGUGGCUGGUCAGCAGGGGCUGGCCGUGUGGACAAUUCCUACAGCAACCGUGGCUGCCCUCCCAGGACUGACCGCUGCUUCUCCCCCGGGGGGAAUUUUCAAGCCACCAUUAGCCGGUCUCCAAGCAGCUGCUGUGCUGAACGCCGCUCUCCCAGCCCCUGGGCCAGCUGCCCCGACGCUGCAGGCUUCCUCGCCCGCCCAGCCCCGGCCAGCGGCCCAGCCCCAGACGCUGUUCCAGACCCAGCCGCUGCUGCAGACCACUCCUGCCAUUCUGCCACAGCCCACCGCUGCCACCACGACUGCCCCCACCCCCAAGCCAGUGGACACUCCCCCACAGAUCACCGUCCAGCCAGCAGGCUUCGCAUUUAGCCCAGGAAUUAUCAGUGCUGCUUCUCUAGGGGGCCAGACCCAGAUCCUGGGCUCCCUCACCACCACUCCAGUCAUUGCCAAUGCCAUACCCAGCAUGCCCGGGAUCAGCAGCCAGAUCCUCACCAACGCUCAGGGACAGGUUAUUGGAACGCUGCCUUGGGUGGUGAACUCGGCCAGCGUGGCAGCACCUGCACCAGCCCAGAGCCUGCAGGUUCAGGCUGUGACCCCCCAGCUGUUGCUGAAUGCUCAGGGCCAGGUGAUUGCCACCCUGGCCAGCAGCCCCCUGCCUCAACCUGUGGCUAUCCGGAAACCAAGCACACCUGAGUCUCCUGUCAAGAGUGAGGUGCAACCCAUCCAGCCCACACCAACUGUACCCCAGCCUGCUAUGGUCAUCGCCAGUCCAGCUCCAGCAUCCAAGCCAUGUGCUUCUGCUCCCAUCCCAAUCACAUGCUCAGAGACCCCUACUGUCAGCCAGCUGGUGUCAAAGCCACAUACCCAAAAUCUGGAUGAGGAUGGGAUCAACUUAGAAGAGAUUCGGGAGUUUGCCAAGAACUUUAAGAUCCGAAGGCUCUCUCUAGGCCUCACACAGACCCAAGUAGGCCAGGCACUGACUGCUACAGAAGGCCCAGCCUACAGCCAGUCGGCCAUCUGCAGGUUUGAGAAACUGGACAUCACACCCAAGAGUGCCCAGAAACUAAAGCCGGUGCUGGAGAAGUGGCUAAAUGAAGCUGAACUCCGAAACCAGGAAGGCCAGCAGAACCUGAUGGAGUUUGUUGGUGGGGAGCCCUCCAAAAAACGCAAGCGCCGCACCUCCUUCACCCCACAAGCCAUUGAGGCUCUCAAUGCCUACUUCGAGAAGAACCCACUGCCCACUGGCCAGGAGAUCACUGAGAUCGCUAAGGAACUCAACUAUGACCGGGAAGUAGUGCGGGUCUGGUUCUGCAAUCGGCGCCAGACACUCAAGAACACCAGCAAGCUGAACGUCUUUCAGAUCCCUUAGGGCGUGGACCACCCUGGGUUCCAGCACUUUCUCUUUUCCCUGGGCACCCAGCUGCAGGCCCCACCAUGAAGACACUGCCCAGGGUAGUCAUACUUGUCUCGGGUCCUGGAGUUUCACUAUGUGCAUGAGUGUCAUCUGUCACUUCCCCUUCCCUUAUGAAUCCAAUCAUGAGAGGGAAGGGGGCCUCUAGAGCCCCAAGGUUAGGAUCUGUCCCUUGCAGAAGCACUUUGUUAACCUGGUUUUGAAGGGUAAAUUCUGUUCGGGAACCUACUUAUUAUGGUAGGGAACCAGAAAUGCUGUAUCUUUGGGGGAAGAAAUGCAGCUUCCCGUAAAAGAUAGCAUCUAUUAGAUCUUGUUUUGAAUGGGGUUCUCUUUCCACAACCUCUUCCCCUUUACCCCUCUGUUUGAUGGGGCUGGCCAGGCAGCAUGUCCAGCUGAUGCCCUGAGAGC